AUGAGGGUCGCCUGGAAUGGCUUUCUCACGCUGGUAGCCCUUGGCACGUGCUCUGCGUCGUGUGAACUUGGCUUCAACGCCCCGACGAGCAUCCUUGGAGCUCGGAGCGGACGGCCCACUCACUUGCUUGUAGAUCGAGCCAGCCCAUGUACAGCACAAUGGAGGAAACGAUCCACCAGCCUGAAGGCCGUCGCCAACGAUGCUCCACAGUACUUCAAGGACCUUGCCUCUGCUCUCUUUGAUGUGGCUGCUGCCCCUGUUUCCUCCCCAGCUGUGACGCAGAGCGUCAAAGCUGUGGCGUCUCCUGCUGCUGUGGAGGUGGGGAAUGUGGCUGGAGCCUUGCAGAAGGCUGUGGGCAGCAGCGGAGCUCAGAAUAUCAACGUGGGAUCUUCGGUGCAGACUCUGCAGUCUCUAGAGCAGCUGCUUCCCAAAGGGGUGAACCCUGUGAUGGUGGAGGUCGCGGCAGCGUCUAUUGGUCUGAUCUUCCUCGUGGCCAUGCUUGUCAACCAGCAAGGAGACUCGCUGCAAGCUGCUGCGUCGGUGACUCUGACGCCAGAGAAGAUACCGGAGACGACAGAACCCAUCAAGUAUGACUACAGCAAGGUGGUUGAGGAACAAGAGCGACUGGACGAGAUCUCCUCUAGCGCCAAGUCGAGACUCUCUGAGAUGAUGGUCAAGAGGCUGGAGAAGCUCAGUGCUCUGUCCUACGACACGAAGCCGAUGGAUGCUGGCGAGGAGGGCAAGGAGGGCAAGGAGGUCUCCUUGGCAAAGAAGAACGCUCUGGAGGCCAACCGGAAGCAGUGGGGCAUUGGAGAGGAGAACGCUGCCAAGGGGAAGAGGGAGCCAAGCUUGGCGAAGUUGAAUGCUGUAGAAAGGAACAGGGAGCAGUGGGGCAUUGGGAAGGAAGCGUCCGUCUCUGAAGUCCAGAAGAAAAACGAGGAGGUCAAGCCGAUGGUUCGCAUGCAGCCCUGCAUGGCUAAGGCGAAUGCGGUAGAGCAGAAUCGGAAGCAGUGGGGCAUUGGGAAGGAGGAGGAGGAAGGAGCUCCUGCUAAGGCAGAGAAGUCGACCGUUGUUAACCUUGCUAAGCUGAACGCAGUGGAGCAGAACAAGCAGCAGUGGGGCAUCGGAGCUGAGACGAAGGAGGAGAGGAAAGACGAGGCACCUGUGCCCAAGGUGACGGAGGCAACGAAAGUAGAGGAGAAGCCCAAAAAAGCUCCGAUGGAACCUUGCAUGGCGAAGUUGAACGCGCUGGAGAGGAAUAAAAUGCAGUGGGGCAUCGGAGCCAAGGAGGAGGAUCCGAAGAAGGCAGAGAGUAGCAGCGAGCCGGCUCGAAGCUCCUCUAUGGAGCCUUGCUUGGCCAAGUUGAAUGCCGUUGAGAGAAACCGCGAACAGUGGGGAAUCGGAGCAGAGGGAGAGGUUGCAGAGGAGGAGAAGCUCAUGGGAUGGGAGGCUUCUCGUGCGAUCACCAAGACUGAAGUGUUUGCCAUCGUCAGGCAGAGCAAGGGAGCAGCUGGGGUAGAGCUGAAGUUGUGGUUGAGCACGAGAGGAUACAGCGGAAAGAGGCUCCAGGAUGUGGUGGAGAAGGUAGAGGAGGCGAGGAGCGGGAAGCUCAAGAUGGAUCCAUGGGAUGAAAAGCUGGAGAGGUCGAUCGAGUUGCAGAAGAGCGCGAAGGAGGCCAAGGCAGAAGGAGAGAAGCUGAUGAAACAGAGCAUGGAGCUGGAAGCUCAGGCAAGCGACGCUCUAGAGCAGAGGAUCAACGAGCUGCGGGAGAACGUGAAGAAGAGGCCAGGCUUCUGGGGACUCGGGAUGGCCCAGCGGGAGCUCAACAGAGUCGAGCAGGAGAUGCAGAGGACUAUCGCUACUGUCCGUGAGAUCGCGCAGACGCAGGGAGAGGAAGCAGCCCUGCAGGCGCUGAUCGACGGUUACGAGCAAGUCGGCUUGAAGGACAAGGUCGUGCUUUUGACCUCGGCGAAGGAAUGCAAGAAAGAUGCAGAUUCCGCUCUCGCUCGCUCCCGCUCCCUGAGCAAGGAGGCGGAUGAGCUGCUUGUCCAGGCCAACAUGGAGAGGAGGAGGAGCGAGGAGGAGGCCAUGGGCGGGAAGCUAGAGGAGGCGGAGCGAGCGAUCAGCGAGGCCGAGGAGGCCCUGACAAGAGGAGAGAAGCAGGAGGCCCUUUCUAUCCUCCAGCGUGAAAGUUCUGCGCUGCUGUCCCUUGGGCUGCAGGCGGACCCUCGCGCCAGUCUGUCCUCCCUCCCUGGAAGGCUGAACGCCAUCGUCCGCGCGUCUACCCGCACUGUCGUUGCGUCCUCCUCAACCUCCUCAGCUCUGGCAGAUGGGGAGGAAGGAGCCUCGGGAGCAAUCGCAGCAUUCUCGCUCCUCGCCAUGCUGGCGGGAGGAGUUGGAUACUGGGUCUCCAUCCACCCUGAAGCCUUGAAGACCAUCGCUCAGAUGUCUGCUCAUUAG